AUGCAGCUCAAGAACGUCAUCGCCCUCUUCGCCGGUUUGGCUGUCGCCGCCCCAGCCCCGGCCGCCGAGCCCAUCGAGCAGACCCUGGCCACCGGUCCCUCCGGCCAUGAGGUCCAGAUCACUGGCAUCGCCUUCGCUGGCUCCGGCUGCCCGGCUGGCUCGGUCUCGGGCCAGCUGUCCUCCGACCUGACCACGCUGACCCUUCUCUACUCCGAGUUCAUUGCCCAGGCUGGCCCCGGCAUCGCUCCCUCCCAGUACCGCAAGAACUGCCAGCUUAAUGUCAAGAUCCGCUAUCCUCAGGGCUGGCAGUUCUCCAUCUUCAAGGCCGAUUAUCGUGGCUAUGCCCAGAUUCCUGCCGGUGACACUGGCACUUGCAAGGCCACGUACUACUUCUCGGGUGAUUCGCGCCAGAUCACCUCGACUCUAGUCCUCAGCGGCCCGUACGACGACAACUACCUCAAGACCGACGCUUUCGGUGUCGAGAGCACUGUCUGGUCGCCGUGUGGCGUUGAGGGCCUGCUAAACAUCAACUCGGAGAUUCGCCUCUCGCCACUCGACUCGAACAAGCCUGCUCUGAUGACGGUCGAUUCCACGGAUCUCAAGUUCACCCAGGUCUACUACCUGCAGUGGCAGCAGUGCCACAACUAA